AUGUGGGAUUCAGAAAAAGGUGUUGAAAUUCCCGAAAGUUGUUUUUUGUUUUUGGGAGCUUCAGCAGCUUUAUUUGUGGUUAACCCUCUGCAGGUUUCAGGAGGUGCUCUGAAGAUGACUCUAUACCAGUAUAAGACCUGCCCGUUUUGCAGCAAAGUGCGAGCCUUUCUGGACUACUACGGGCUGCCGUACGACAUUGUGGAGGUGAACCCUGUGAUGAGGCAGGAGAUCAAGUGGUCUGCAUACAGGAAGGUGCCCAUCCUGAUGGUGGACAGCGAGCUGCAACUGAAUGAUUCAUCUGUCAUCAUCAGCUCCCUCAGGACUUUAAUGCUCAGCAAGGAGAAAAGCUUGUCUGAUAUAAUUCGCUGCUACCCGGAGAUGAAGGCUGUGAAUGAUCGGGGGAAGGAGGUGACGGAGUACAACAACAAGUACUGGCUCAUGCUGAGCGAGGCCCAGAAUGCCGUAGUUUAUCCUACCAAGGGGAUGCAGAAAGAAGAGAUGAAGUGGAGACAGUGGGCCGACGAUUGGCUCGUGCACCUCAUAUCCCCAAACGUUUACCGAACCACCGGCGAAGCCUUGGCCUCCUUCGACUACAUCGUACGCGAGGGCAAGUUUGGUGCCGUGGAAGGUUUCUUUGCCAAAUACGUAGGUGCUGCUGCUAUGUUCAUCAUCUCAAAAAAACUGAAGAGUCGACACAACCUGCAGGACGACGUCAGGCAGGAUCUCUAUAAGGCCGUCAAUGACUGGGUGGCAGCCAUCGGUAAAAACAGGAAGUUCAUGGGUGGAGAUCAGCCUAACCUGGCAGACCUGGCGGUGUUUGGAGUCCUCCGAGUUAUGGAGGGACUUCAGGCGUUUGAUGACAUGAUGGAAAACACCAAAGUUAAGCACUGGUACAGACGCAUGGAGAAAGCAACGCUCAACCACGACGGCCGAGCUUAAAGGGCUUCCAGAUUUCCUAUACCUCUAAAUGGACAUCGACCCCCUCCAGGAAUCAAAAUGGCCUUCGUUUCUGUUGGAUUCUGAGAUGAACCUGCUAGCCGUCCUCAACGGUUUUCCGAACAAGUUGAAAAAAAUCCUUUUAAGAUGUAGAUUUCAGCUUUACUGGCAGAAAAACCCCUUAAUUUCUGUUUAGGUUGCUUCUGGUGUUUACAUUACUAGUGACUCCUACUGUUGGAAACGGGGAACUGCAGCUACAACCCACACCUCAGCUUUUCUGCAGAAUUAAGGUAUACAUAAAGCCUGAAUUAAAUAGUUUCAGUUUAAUGAAAAGACUGAAGAUGAAUAUUUAUUACUUUUUGAGCUGAUUUGUCCAACUUUAAAAUAUACAUUCACUAUUUGUUUGAAAUGAAUGUUAAAACAUUUCCAAGCAUUGCCGGUACUUAAAAUACCACCUGCUUCUAUUAGACAGGUAAGGGCUUCAUAUUGUCUAGUUAAAGACAAAAAAAAAAAUGUCUUUGACAUGCAGUUUCAACAUUUAUGGGUCUAAUAUGAUAAAAUUUGAAAAUUGUCGCAUUUGUUUGCUCCUUGGGGUUUUGUUCUCAGUUAAAAUUUAUUCCAAGGCUUUACUGAAAGGUUUCUUUGCCAUUUCUUCAGGAAGAAAAGCAAACUAAUAAACGGUUUAUCAUCUACUUUCUGUGCAGAAAUCAUAAAAUGAGGUCGUCUGUAUUUAUUCCAUACAGAAACAGAUUGUCAGUUGGAAUGUACCAAACGUGAUCUGCAGAUUAACUGUUUUAAUUAUAGCAUCUGUGUACGUACGAAUGAAAAGGUAAAAUGAAGAAAAGUCUUGAGUUUGGUGGGUUAUUUCAGUCUGUGUUUCUAUUACUGGGUUUCCAGCAAAAGUGAUGGAUUCC